GGCUGUGCAGUGAUCUGCAAUAGAAGCUGGAGAACGGAGUACGUGCACCCAGAGGUGCACACCCGGUUGCCACCUGUGUGGCUCAGUUUUCCCAUUCCUAUUUUAGGUUCGAGGGUAGCCACGAUAGAUUAUGCAGGUACAGAGCAGGUCUUGUGUCAGUAGGAAUUUACAUUGGAAGGAUAGACCAAUACAGAGCAGGAAAAAAAACUGUCACCCUGAAUUCGAGGAACUGGGAAGUCCAUGGUUUUUUUAGUAGGUAGGAACUAACUUCUUUUAUUCUAGGAUUAACUUUACUCAUGGAAAAUAAUUAGGUGCUUAAUAUACUUGGUGGUAAACUAAACGGGAGACGCAGAUGUUCAUCUAGAAAUGCAUUUCUGAAACACAGACUUCAGAUAGCUGAGCUGUUCUGCAGCUUCUAAGUUCAACAUGUAUGAAGUUUUGCUGGGUUCUGCUCCUGAGAAUGAAGGCCGCCUUGUGACAGUGAAGGUGGAAGAUCCCACCUGGGGACAGCCAGGCAACUCACAGGAGGGCAGGGCGCAUGCUCAGGAACUUUACCGCCUGCGAUUUCGGCACUUCUGUUACCAUGAGGCAGACAUAUCCUCUGCAGAGAGGUGAUGAAGCGGCGACAUUACUGGAGAAUCUAGCCUCGGAACGUGGAGACACAGGGCAGCAGGCUACUCUCUGUGCUCAGGAACAGGACAUGCACCUAGUGGUGACAGAGUAUCCAGGAGCCUCUAUGGAGGAGUAUCAGAGCCUCCAUCUCCUGCAGUCUUCGGUCACUCCCUGGACAAGAGACUUUCCAGAGCUCCCCCUGGGAUGUGAGAGAUCUCUACAUUUACAGAGAUCCAAAUCUGCUAAAAAGAGCCUCAAAACUCCUUGUUACAUCUUCGAUGUUACAUCCUCAACCACUGCAGGAAAUGAUACUGAACUGAACAGAGAUUCUCCUUCCCCCACUGAAAAGGCAGUCUCCACUUUGAACACUGUCGGGAGCUGCCACCCACCCCAUGACUCCUGGGCCAAGAUGCACAUUGCGUCCUUGCAGUACAUUACUCAGAAAGGGAGGGAAAAAGCCAAAUUUAGAGUGAUCGAGCUGCUCCAAGGCCAUGCGUUUUCUGAUGAGUCAGAGACAGAGGAAGACAAUGAGCCUGAGGUACAGCCUGAGAGAAAGAAGAUAAAGGCAUCCAGCAUCCCUGAGAAGAGCUGGACCAAACGAGACAGUAAGCCUAACUUUCCAAGCUGGUCAGCCCUGGAUUCUGGACUUUUGAAUCUUAAGAGUGAGAAGUUGAACCCAGUAGAGCUCUUUGAAUUAUUUUUUGAUGGUGAAACAUUCAACUUGAUUGUCAAUGAAACCAAUAAUUAUGCUUCUCAGAAAAAUGUCAGCCUAGAAGUCACAGUGCAGGAAAUGAGGUGUGUGUUUGGUGUUCUGCUCUGCAGUGGAUUUGUAAGGCAUCCCAGAAUGGGGAUGUAUUGGGAAAUCUCUGAUUCUGAUCAGACCCUGGUUAGAAAUGAAAUUAGAAGGGACAGAUUUGAAUUAAUUUUCUCAUGCCUGCAUUUUGCAGAUAAUAAGCACCUCGAUCAAAAAGAUAAGUUUUCAAAUUUGAGGCCUCUCAUAAAGCAAAUGAAAAAUUUUCCUCUUGUAUGCCCCCCUGAGGAAUACUAUUGUUUUGACAAGUCAAUGUGUGAAUGCUUUGAUUGUGACCAAUUUCUGAAUGGGAAGCCUCUUCAAAUUGGCUAUAAAAUUUGGUGUGGUACAACUAACUACGCAAGGCUAUCUGGUUUGGUUUGAGCCUUACCAAGAAGACUCGGGUGUGGAUAAGGAGCUGGACCUUGGGCCAGGUGGAAAUCUAAUAAUGAGUUUUGCUGAUGUUCUUCUGGAGAAAGGUCACCAUCCCUAUCACUUGAGUUUUGAUAGCUUCUUUACACCUGUUAAACUGAUGUCAGCUUUGAAGAAGAAGGGAGUGAAGGCUACAGGAUCGCUUUGUGAAAACAAAACAAAAAUGUCCACUUAUGAAUGUGGAACUUAUGAAAAAGAUGAACCGGGGGUAUUUUGAUUUCAUAGUGGAAGAAAAGGAGGAGAUAUUUUUAUGCCGUUGGCAUGGUGAUGGCUUUAUUAGUCUGUGUUCAAAUGCUGUAGGCAUAGAACCAGUCAGCAAAGCAAGCUGUGUAGCUGACGAUAAGGAGUUCCUUCCUUCAGGUAACAUCCAUUGUGAAGUUAUGUGAGGAAUGCAGGAAAGGUGUAGCUAAAAUGGAUCAAAUUAUUUCCAAAUACAGGGUGGGAUUAAGAAGUAAGAAGCGGCUCUGGGUUUUGGUGAGUUACAUGGUCGAUGUAGCCAUGAGCAAUGCGUGGCAGUUGCACAGAAUCUGUAACCCAGGCUCCCCUUUAGAUCUCCCAGGUUUCCAGAAAUGUGUGGCAUGUUUUCGCUUGGGACAUGAUGCUAAUCUGUCUGAUUAGGACGCGUAAAGAACACAGUAACAACACACACACACAAAUUAUAAGUGUAGUAAAUCUACAUUACCAAAGCAAAUGUAAUGGAGAAGGUGUGAUUAUGUCACUGGUAUUGUUUACAUCAAGGAUUGUUACAGCGAACAAUGCUUUAAAAAUAACAUUCUGUGAGUGUUGGAUUUGUGUUGCUUUUAUGUCUAGUUUUGGGUCAGAUAUAUGAAAUGACUUACUUGUUAAAUAUUUUAUAUAUUAAAAGAGCAAAAACCUACCAUUUCCUCACUUUCAGUUUUGUUUUAGAGAUUGACAUUUUGAAAAUGCAGGCAAUAUCACACUCUAUAGAAUGACACUGAAUUCAUAGUCCAGAAUAGAUACAAAACAGAUAUACAACUCAUGCGGGAGGAUAUGCUAACGGAUAUAGGUAUAAGGGAGUAAAUAUUUCAGCUGGAUCACACUAUAUGUAUAUAGUUGAGACAGGGCCAGGCAUGAAAAUUGCUCUGUGUGUGUGUGAGUGUGUGUGUGUGUGUGUGUGUAGCUGUGCCUUUGAAUACUGAAGAAAAUGUUAUGAGUUGGGAGAAGUCAGAGAGAGGAAAGUAAUGAAGCAAUCUGUGUAACAGUUAUCCUGAGAAGAAAGCAAGUAUAAGGUGAUUGGACAUAGUCUAGAUUGAGGUCAUCAGUGGUUACUCAUCCAAUGAGAGACAUUUGGAGCAAGUGAACUAUGACUCCAUAAUGCUGAAGAUUUGUAGGGGUAAAUUAAACUAAAGGCAAGGAGGAUUCGACACCAUUUCUGUGAUUAUUAUUUAAUUAUUUAUAUAAAAUAAACAAACACAUCUCAUUAGUUCUAAA